AAAUAUUUAGUGUUCUUUAUUAUAUCUAUGAUUGUCUUAAAAGUUUUUAGUAUUUCAUACACUUAUCUUCAGUUAUGUUUAAUGAAAUAUAUAUAUCAAGCAUGAAAUUGAAAAAAAGCCGUGGGCGGUGUUUGAAUGGGGCAAGCCACAUAACGAAUUUUUUACUUAUUCAAUUUGUUUUUUCUUUUUCUGCUUUCUUUUUUCUUCUACAGUAACCAAAACCAUGCCAGGUCUCGACUUUAGAAAUCUUCCUGAACGUGAAGAAGAUAUCGAUUUUAGCGACAUUUACGAAAAACAUACCGUUACCCAAGAAGAUGACUUUAAUACUAUUGUAGUGGUUGAUGGUGCUCCUAUUGUUGACGAAGCUAAAGAAGAAAAAUUAUUAACUGUUUUGAAAAAAUUAUUUACCAAAGGUGCUGGUGAUAUCAAGGAUGGUGGUAUUUGGAUGCCAAUGUCUCCCAAUGAUGCUGGCAAGAUGGAAAGCAAAGGUUAUCUCUUCAUCGAUUUUGAAACUGCAGAAUCAGCUUAUGCUGCGGUUAAGAACUUGGAUGGUCAUAAGAUGAGCAAGUCGCAUCAAUUAUCUGUCAACAAAUUUACUGAUGUGGAAAAAUACACCAAAAUGAGCGACGAAUACGUGGAACCUACUAUUGAAGAAUAUUCACCCAAGGAACAUAUCAAGAGUUGGUUAGCUGAUGAACAAGCUCGAGAUCAAUUUGUUAUGUAUCGUGGUGAUGAUGUUAGUAUCUUUUGGAAUCGCAAGUCUGAUGAACCUGAACAUGUUCAUACUCGUCAGAAUUGGACUGAAACUUAUGUACAAUGGUCACCUUUGGGUAGUUAUUUGGCUACUUUCCAUAUUCAAGGUAUUGUGUUGUGGGGUGGUCCUUCUUGGAGUAAGAUUGUACGUUUUGUACAUCCUGGUGUCAAAUUGAUCGACUUUUCUCCUUGUGAACGUUAUUUGGUGACUUGGUCCAAUGAACCUAUUCAAUUAUCAAAGAUUCCUGAAGGUCCUUCCAAUCCUUUCAGUGAAUAUGAUGAAGGUAAUCAAGUCAUUAUCUGGGAUGUUCAUACUGGUGCUUUGUUACGUUCUUUCCCUGCUACUCAAGAUAGUCAAUCUGCUAAUAAGACUGUUCAUUGGCCCAUGUUCAAAUGGUCUCAUUCUGAAAAAUACUUUGCUCGCGUGGUUCCUGGUCAACAAUUAUCUAUUUAUGAAACUCCUUCCAUGGGUCUUUUAGAGAAGAAGAGUAUCAAGAUUCCUGGUAUUGUCGAUUUUGAAUGGUCUCCUGCUUGUCAAGAUAAUAACAAAUCUCAAAAGGAAGAUGAAACGUUGGCUUACUGGACUCCUGAAGUUGGCAAUCAACCUGCUCGUGUGACUUUGAUGAACGUACCUUCCAAAGAAAUCACUCGUACAAAGAACUUAUUCAACGUGAAUGAUUGUAAAUUACACUGGCAAUCCAAGGGUCAAUUCCUUGCUGUCAAGGUGGAUCGUCAUACCAAGACAAAGAAAUCUCAAUUCUCCAAUAUUGAAAUCUUCCGUGUACGUGAAAAGGGUAUUCCAGUCGAAACUUUGGAAAUUAAGGAUCCUGUUGUUGCUUUUGCUUGGGAACCUCUUGGUGAACGUUUUGCUACCAUCACCACUUCUGAUAUCAAUCUCUCUGGUAAUGUUCCUGGUGUUCAAGGCCAGCUUCAACCUUCCUCAACUGCAAAGACUACUUUGACCUUCUACUAUCUUGAUCGCACUUCCAAGGCUCAUCAAACUGGUUUCCGUCCUCUCAAGGUCUUUGAUAAAAAAUCUGCCAAUUACUUGUUUUGGUCUCCCAAGGGUCGUCACAUCGUCACCGCCACUUUACGCAACGCUACCGUGUUCGACAUGGAAUUCUGGGAUUUGGAUUUCGAACCUCUCAAUGGUGGUAAUGAUGAUAGCACUAACAAAGCUUCUCAAAGCACUGUUGUCCAACUUUUGGCUACUCAAGAACAUUAUGGUGUGUCUGAUAUUGAAUGGGAUCCUACAGGUCGCUAUGUAGUAAGUGGUUCUAGUAUGUGGCGUCAAGCUGGUGAUCAUGGGUUCUCUUUAUGGGAUUUCAAGGGUCAAUUAUUAUUCAAGCAAAACAUUGACAAAUUCAAGCAAUUAUUGUGGCGUCCUCGACCUGCUUCCUUAUUAUCCAAUGAGCAAAAGAAGAAGAUCAAGAAGAAUCUUCGUCAAUACUCUAAACAAUUUGAAGAAGAUGAUCUUGCUGCCGGUGAUGCUAAUGCUGCCAAGUUGAUUGCUGCUCGUAGAAAGGCUAUUGAAGAAUGGUACAGCUGGAGAAAGGCCACUGAAAAACAAGUCGCUCAAGAACGAAAAGAUUUGGGCAAGGAAGUUGUACGAUCUUUGGAUGAUGGCAAAUCAGAAAUCAUUGAAGAAUGGGUGGAAGAAGUCAUUGACGAAAUUGAAGAAAUCAUUGAAUAGUUUUACAUGUUUAGAUUAUCAUCC